AUGACCCUGGCCUCCACAUCGCGAUCGGCCCUGCUGCGAGGGUGCCAGGCCACUCGAGCCUACGCGACUGCAAAGUCCUCGCCCGCCGCCAAACCUACGCCGACAGCAGCCUCCAAAGCAAAACCAGUCUCCAGCACUGUCGCCAAACCUGCUGCGAAAGCUAUAAUAGCCCCCAAAAGGCCAGUCUAUGCUUCCACGCCUCUGAAGAAAACCACACCGGCCGCCCCCGCGCCGACGGCGGCCAGCAAGACACCAGUCUCGAAGCCCCCGAUUGCUCCCUCGGCGCAACAGAAAGUUGUCCCCAAGCCCAUUCCUGCGAAGCCUGCGUCGACGUAUUCUACACAGUCAAAGCCAAAAUUGAUUCCUUCGAAAUCGGUCUACACUCCGAAACCGUCCACUGCGACCACCUCAAGCCCAGCCGCAGCGCAGCAAGCGAAGCCAGCAGCAGUAUACGCUUCAACAUCACAGAAGAAACCUGCCGCGACUCCCAAGAGCCCCGCUGCUGCCAAACCUGUCUCGAACAUCAGGCCUUCCUCCGCCCCCUCCAAGCCAGCUGCUACGCCGACCCCUCCCAAGAAGAUAGUCAAGUCUGUGCCGACAUCCCCAUCACCGGCUACCCCUCCUCCCAAACCUACCCCUGUACCAAAGGCGCAGCCGACAGCAGAGAAACAAGCCGCUGCGCGGGAGGCACAGCUUCGGGCGGCGCGUGCGCGGAGGGAGGACCGACAGGCGGAGGAGGCCACAAAAGAGGACGCGAAGAAGAAAUACAAGAAGGAAUAUAAUAGCCUGGCGUGGCGGUGGACGACCGGCAUCAUUGCGAUGCCCAUUUUGCUGGUGACCAGCUACUAUCUAUUCGAUCGGCUGGCCCUUGGACAUGAGCAAAAGACGGUGCCUAAUAUGGACAACCCACGAAGCCAUGAUAAUGAAGAGAAGAGUGGAGAGAAGCCUGAAUAG